AUGACCUCAAAGUACAAAAUCGCCCGACCCCUAAACGCCGGCACAAAGCAAUCACUCAAAAAGCCAACCCAAACGCCAACCUUUACAGGCAAACGCGCCUCUCCCUCUACAUUCCCCUCGCUGAACCCAAGCGCCCUCCCCGCAUCGGUCUCUUUCCUUCCUCCUCGAUCCACAGACGACGGAACGGAUCCGCACACGCCAACGGAAUCGUUCUCGACGGCGCGCACGCAGGAGAUAGACAUUGUUGGGGAGGCGGGGCAACCGUUUCUUGAUCCGGUAGUUUGGGAGGGGAUAAAGAAGGUCGGGGAGAUCAGGAGCAGGGAUAAAGAAGGGGACGGGGACGGGGACGGGGGUGAAGAAGGGACAAAGACAGGGAGGAGAUUAGGAAGGAAGGAGGCGGAGGAGGAAGAGCGGAGGAGGAGGGAGAGGGAGGCGGAGUUUGGGGGGAUGGCGGUUAGGGGGAGGAUUAGGGGGAAUGUAUGA